CCCCCGCUAUUUUUCCUGGCGCCGGACCGCCAUCCGAAACACCAGGGCACCCCCACUCACCGGGGCACAAUGAGAAAAACCCAUUCCGUCAUUUUUCACCACACAUAAUCUGAAGAUAUCUUCCAUAUUUUUCGGGUUUUCAAUGACUUAAAAAGAAUUCCUUGAACCACCAUGUUUGAAGGCGUAGUUGCUUACGCCCUCAACAAGUACUUGGGCCGUUUUGUGGAAGACUUGGACAGCGAACAACUAAACGUGGGCAUAUUCAGUGGUACAGUUCAUUUGACUGAUCUACAUUUGAAGCCAGAAGCUUUGGCUGGAUUUGAUCUUCCUAUUGAAGUAAAAGGAGGAUGCAUUGGGAAAAUUUCUAUCGAUAUUCCAUGGACAUCGCUGUACUACGAGCCCGUGCUCGUUCACAUAGAAGAAGUUCUUGUAUUGGCCGGUCCCACAGCUGAUCGUAAAUAUGACCCAGAAAGGGAUAAGCGACUCUCAAGAGCACACAAGAACAAACGACUGGAGGAUGUUAAACCACCAGAUCCUGAUGCACCAGGAGAUCGGCCCAGGGGUUUUAUGGAAAACUUGGCAACGACGAUUGUCAACAAUGUCCAGGUCUCUCUCCAAAAUGUUCACAUUCGUUUCGAAGACACAGUUUCCACCAGUGGACCUCUUGCCUGUGGUCUUGUUCUUCAAAACCUGACGGCAGUAACUACCAACAGUAAAUGGAGAGCAACACAAAUAGACGCAGAAGCAAAGAGUUUGUUUAAACUAUUGAAAGUGGAAUCGCUGUCCUUGUAUUGGAAUCCAAAAUGUCCAACUAAUACUUUAGUAAAGGCGCAACUCAAUUCAGAUGGUUGGAAGACGUUACUUCGUAAAGGCCUUGCUACUUUUAGCAUUAACGGAGAAGAUUUUGAUUUUAUCGUUAAUCCAGUUUCUUUGAAAACGAAAAUGAUUCUGAAUAAAUCGAAGGAGCCCAAAGUUCCAAAGUUGUUGGUUGAUUUUGUAUUACAAGAUUCAAAUACUCAGUUAACUCGUGAACAGUUUGUAAGUAUGUAUGAGCUUAGCCGAGCUUUUGAGUUGAUGUCUUUGAGUCAAAAGUUUAGAAAGUAUUUCAGAGGAUUAUCCGUUAAAGGACAUGCAGCAGAUUAUUGGAGAGAUGCUUAUUCAGCUGUUUUGGAAGAAUAUGUAAAGCCUUACACCUGGUCUAGAAUAAAAGAGCACAGAGAUAAAUAUCGACAGUAUAAAUCAAUGUAUAAGGAACAUUUGAGGAGGCCUAACGACUCAGAGUUGAAACUGGACAUGCAACUACUUGAAGACUCUUUGGAUGUUGUUAGCAUUCUAACAUCUAGAGAGCAAGCAAAAAUAGAGAUUGCCGAAGUGGAACCUCACAUGGUACGGAGAGUUCCCACCAGGAAAACUUGGAGUUUCUGGAGUUGGUUCUCAUCAACGGGAGAUGAAACAGACAGUGUGGAUGAAAAUCGCAAGGAUGAACGGACUGAUGGAGAGGAGGAACUUCUCGUCGUCGGGGACAAAGAUCGCAGUUGGUGGUCAAGAAUGACAGCUGAAGAAAGAAGAAGGUUGUUUGAAGGUAUCGGUUACGAGCGGUGGGGUCCAGACCCUGAAGCAGCCCUCAAUCACAUAGGCCAUAAGCUGAACUUUACACUAGCAAAUUGCACACUGUCUCUCAUUAACGAUGGUAAGGAAAUCCUGGUGGCCACAAUAACGCACUUCUUAUCCAGUCUGGAGACAAGGCCAGGGGCGAAAGCAUACAAAGUGUCAGCCAGAACGGAAAGCGUUGUAAUAGAAGGUGCCUCUCUGGAAAACGAUCUGGUCCCGAUCAUCACCGCCGAUAAUAUCACGAGUGGAUCUAAUGUGCCUCAUGUGUUCUCUCUGGAUUUUGAAAAGAACCCUUCUCAUGUAAGUGCGGAUUACGGUUUGUCAGUAGCCGCAGAACCUAUGGAAGUCGUUUACCAUAAAUAUGCCAUGAAGGAACUGAUGGAUUUCUUUGAGCUACCACCAGCUACUGUAACAUUUCUAAAACAAAAAGCUAAACAGAAAUUGAAAUUCUUAGCUGAAGCUGGAAAGGAAAAAAUAGUGACAGCAUUCUCCAAGCACAAGAUGUUGCAUUUAAAUGUAGACUUAAGAUCUCCUUAUUUUGUCAUCCCAGAACAUGGAUCUAUUCAACAAGGCGGCAGUGUAGUUGUACUGGAUACAGGAAGGUUUACAGUCUCCACAGAUUUGCAAUCAGAUGGACUACCACUUGAAGAAUCAACAAAAAUGGAAACCGAGGAGAGAUUGUACGAUCGGUUCAACAUCGCACUGUCAGAUGCCCAAGUUUUGUUCUCGGACUUAGUAGGGGAAGAAUGGAGAACAGCCAAACAACAAUCUGAAACAGACAUGCAUUUAGUUCCGAAAGCAAAAGUAACUGUUGUGUUCUCCAACAGUGUUCGUCCAGACUGCAAGACCUUGCCAAAGCAAAAAUUAAACAUCAGCCUUCCUAGCCUGAAGCUCAAUCUAUCAGAUCGAAGAGUAUCCAUGAUUGCUGACUUUCUACAAAACAUUCCAAUCCCUAAGUCAUCAACCGUAACUGAUAGUUUACCACUAUCUCCCAGUGAUUUCCAUUUGUGCAGCCAUGUUCUCAAGGACCCUACAGGUGUAGAUCUUAAAGAAGUUUGGAAAAGCCUACACCGAAAACCUAAGGCUAAAAUUCUGUCUCCAGAGCAGCAAGAGACUUCACCCUUAUCAGGAAAUUUGCAGCGCUCAUUUUCUGCAUCUGAUCAAUCAGACGAAGAGGAAGCCGGAGGUGCAGCUGAACGAUGGGCACGAAUCAUCGAUCUCCCAGGAUUCGAAGACAAUGUAUCGGCCAGUAAUUACAUAAAAAUUCUAUUCCGGUUGGUCGCUGGAGAAGUGUCCAUACACUUGGCUCGAUCCAGUGAUCAUGCAGACAAGCCUUACCUCAUGUUACGGGCUGAGAAGUUAUGCGUUGAUGCUGCUUAUAUGGAGUAUGGACCGGCACUCCAAGCUUCACUGCACAGAAUUCAAUUGGUGGACAAACUUCAUAAAGGUUCUUCUGGUGAAUAUUUGGAACUCAUUAGUUCAGACAAUGCAUCUGACAUGAUCACUGUUUUAUAUAGAAAGGUCCAAGCAAACUGUCCUGAAUUUAAGAGUCAUUUCCAUCAAGUUGAACACUCCCUUGUAUUAGAUGUCAGCACUUUAUCUGUGGCAUUUCAUCGAGAGGCUUUUGUAACACUCGCAAAAUUUCUUCAAUACGUCUCUGCGAAGCUUAAGCCUAAAUCUUCCAGCCUCCGUUUAUCCUACAUGCCCAAUCCAUCGGACUUGGUACUAGCUGACACCACAGAUCCACCCGUGCCACCAGGGGCCACCAAAUUCAGCAUAUCAGCUCGUCUCAAUGCUUUACAUGUCAGAUUAUGUGACACCGAUCUUGAACUUGCUGACCUCAGAGUGGUUGGUCUUGAAACAGAUUACGUAUUAAAAGCCAAUGAGAAAUCUGUACUUCGAGUAAAUCUUACUGAGUUGUGCAUGGAAGACUUGGUCGAGGAUACGUUGUACAAAAAAAUUCUAGCGACAGAAGGCGAGAAAGUUUUCGAUAUUAAGUGGGUGCGUCGAAGCCCUCACCACAAAGAAGUAAUCGAUGCCAGAAAUCAAGAUUCACUCCCCGUAAGAGUAGAUGGAAGCUUGAGAAUAAGAUUUGGUCGCACAGUAAUCGUUCUUCUUCAUACCUUUGCUAAUGAAUUAAAUCGUUUUCUGGAACCUUUCCUUAAUCCGGAUGCUACAAGCUUCGUAAAACGUUCUACGGAAGAAAAGAUUCAACAAAAGGUUUCAGAAUUCCAACAAAGUGGUCUACGAUAUCAGGUUUCGGUUGAGAUUCAAGCUCCCACUGUUCUGCUGCCGCAAAAGGCUACUUCGCCAAAUGCUCUUAUUCUGCAACUAGGGGAACUGAGCGUCGAAAAUUUUCUCCAAGAAGAACAGGAUCAUUGUAUUGAUAAUCUCUUGAUACGAUUAAAUGAGCUGCAACUUGCUAGAGCUGUGAUAUUAUUAGAUAGUCGAAUGGACAUUUUAGAACCCAUUCUUGAACCAUUAAAAGUUCGUUUGGAUAUUAAGCGAGCUCUUAAGCCUUACCACAAAGAGGGCCUUUUAUACCAAAUCACCGGGAGUAUGGAUCUAAUAAAAAUUAAUGUAGGACAAAGAGAUUUUAGUACAAUGAUUUCUGUCUAUGAAGAUAACUACACCCGUUUCCAAUUCUUGAAUAGUCAGAAAAUGGCUCUAUCACCUGAUAACGAAAGUGGACCUGAAGAAUCUAUGAAAAAAUUAGAAGUAUUUUUGUACGCAUCUACGGAUGUUCGCAAGGAAAGCUCUUUCGCAUUCAUAUUGGAAGGAUUAUCGCUCACUUUAUACACAGAUGCCGAAGAUAUGCGCUCCAGUAAUGCUCGGGAUCCUAAGCAAGCGUUAACUACCUUCACUCUGGAUGAAGCGAGUUUGUCUCUUGAAACAACCAAUGAUAGAUCUGUUGAAAUGAAAUGUUCUUGUCAGGCUGCCACUCUCCUCGACUUGCGAGCUCCACCCUAUUCUUCUUUAAGAAAGAUUUUCCAGUCUUACAGUGGAGAUACUGGAGGCUGUACAGGAGUAGCUGGAAUAAGCCUUAGCAUGCCACCAAUGGUGGAUCUUACAUACCGACGAACAGGAAAUGGAGAUGCUGCAGUGGAUGGGGUGAUGGAAAAGAUUCGACUGAAUGUAUCUGUGUCUUACGUACUGAGCUUGAUGAAAUUCGUAUCUGAUGCUCUUCCGGGUAGUUCCCUGCCCAGUUCCAGUGCCUUUUUAGAUGAUGAUGAUGAUAUUGGUCGACAGCGUUUACCCUCUGACUGCACCAGUGGUUAUCUAUCCACCAUCAGCAAUGAUGACCAUCGAGCCUUGUCUCUGUCUUUAGUCUUCCGGAAGCCUGAAAUUGUACUUUUUGCUCACCCAGACACUCCGGAAACUGGAGUUUUAGUUCUCAAGAUGGAUGUCAUGCUUGAUUACAGUUUCAAUUUAGGACAGGGUAAUAUGGUUUUAUCUGUGGCCGGAUUACAUGUUUUAUCCUGCAUCUAUGGAAGAAGGAAGCACACAAUGUGUACGGUCUUGUAUCCGUGUCAGAUAGAGUUAAAUAGAAGUCUCCGGCUGACUGAAGAAGAAGUUAAAAUGUCGGUAAAUGUUAGUAAUAUCCAACUAUGUUUAAGCGCUCCCGUUGUGCAAACGUUACUUGAAGUAAAUAAUCAACUUUUCUGCAGUUUACAGGAAGCGGAAGAUAAGAGAAAUUACAGAUUAGAAAAAGAUCAAAAACCAGUGCAAGAUCUUUGGUCUCCAGCAUCACUUUACAAACAAAAGUGGACAGAACCAGAAUGCAAUUGUGGGUUGAGUAAAGGCCAAUAUUUGAUUCCGAAGUAUGCAGAAUGUUUUAACAUCAAUAUUCCAGAAGUGCUUGUUUGGUGUGAAGUGAUGGGUAUAGUAAAAAAUGUUCCAAUUCUUUAUGCUAAAGGGGCUUUUGAAGCUGAAAUAAAGGACUGGUCGACUCAGAUGAACGCAAAUGGAGAACUCCAGUUAGAAGUGAUGUAUUACAAUGAAAAAGCAACCACUUGGGAACCACUGUUGGAGCAAGUACUUAUUCAAGAGGGUCAAUACAGACCACUCGAAAUAAUGUUUAAAGUGUUCCGAGAGCGUGGACAUCCCAUGGUAUGUAAUGGAGGUGAUGAACUGGAGCGUAAUACACAAUCGCUCACAACAACAGACGCUCCAGCUUCAGUUUGUUCAUCAGACUCUUCAGGGAAUGAAACUGAAGACGAUGGCUUUGUCACGAAUACCGUCAUCAAAAGAAAAAUGCCCAUGCGAAUGAAGAGAUUAUCAUCGAUUGCAAAAUCUAGGGAUGCUGUCAGCUUUGUAGCUUUUCCGGGUGAUUCCGAUAGUGACAAUGAAGACGGAGUUUUAGAGAAGAUAGCGAGUACUUUCGACCAUCUGUUUUCUGAUGAUGAAGAAGGAGCAUCUGACGAGCCACCUUCCGAUUCAGAGGGUAUAGCUGAUGUAGACGCCCAUUCAGAUUCAGGAGAGACUGAGACGGCAGACAAUGAGGAUGUGUUUGAUGAAGCCGCUCCAGUCUACUCUAGUCCUCACCGCCAUCAUCACCAUGAGCACAGAACAGUGGAUGCAGUAUCUGAAACGGCCCUGUAUCUGACCAUAGAUUGUAGAGAUAAUAUAAACGUAAAUGUAACUCCGGCAGCGGUAUCAGUUUUGCAAGAUCUAGCAUCGGAGUAUGUCUGUUCUGACUCAAAACUGCAAUCAACACUUCCUGUUUCUGAACGCAAAGAGCUUCUGUUGAAAAAUGCUCUCGGACCCGAAGCUACCUUGAAGAUUUUACGCAAGGAAGGAAACGGGCAGCAUCAAGUUAUUGAAGAGGUGCGGGGUCGAACUCCAAAGCAACCUUUUGCGGAUCCUGAUUUGGUGACACCACUUGUUGAUAUCAGUCCUGCUGAUUCAGACUCUGAAAUGGCAGGAGAUGAUAAUGAUGGAUUCCACAUGAGUGGAAUAUCUGCACCUGCUUUGAAACAUAUUAAUACAAGGGAUGGCUUGUACGAAGAAAAGUCAAUAUCUCAACUAUAUGAAGAAAAUACUUCAGAAAAACUGAGUAUCGAGAUUGAAACAUUUGACAAACUGAAUUGCCUUCUUCCAAAUAGAACAACAACAACAAUGUAUGCUUUGCAACCAGUAAAGAACAAAACUAGAUAUUUUGUGUUAGUAGAUACUGAAAUUUUUCAUGGCCAAAAGAUCGUCACUGUUCGAUCACCACUUAAGAUCCAAAAUCAUUUGGAGCGCCCAGUCUAUAUACUUUGUGAAAAAUCAGCUCUGGAAUCUGCAGGUGCUAUUCCCGAAGAUUAUUCUAAAAAUCCGUUCCAGGAUAAGUUUGUUCGAGUAGCGACGCUGGAAUCAGGAGACAUUUAUGACCUUCCAUUGCUGGUUGCGUAUCAUUGCAAAUUGUUCUUUAGACCACAGCCAACAGGAGCUGAUCAAAAAGUGUAUAAUCUUAGCACUGAAGGAAUCUGGUGGAAAGAUAUGACAGUGCCUCAAAAGAGCAGCAAAUUUCUCCAAUGCUAUGCAGAGAAUAAUACGGAAUGUGUUUCUAGUACCAAAGUUGUGUGUGUGGAAAAUAGGGAUCUGAAAACGCCUUCUGUUGGAACAAAACUUGUACCAAAUUUUUCUCUACAUCUUUAUCCACCUCUUGUGUUCCAUAAUUUAUUGCCCCUAACACUUGAUAUUCAUGUUAAGAACAAAGACCAAACGAUGCGAUUGAAAGAAGGUGAAAAUGCCACGUUUUUUGACUUCGAUCCACAGCAACCUCAAGAUAUCUUACUUGAAGUGGGUCAAUACGUUGGCUUGCAGUGGCAUGGAAAAAUGUCAAUCAGUGGUGACACAGAAGAACACCAUCCUGUCAGUAUGAGUCCAGAAACAGAUACCGGAGGGGGCAACCGACACCUGUCUCUGCAUGUCCACAUCACUAGAGAUCGAUGUCUGGAUGUUUACUUAUUCGCACCUUAUUGGAUUGUGAACAAAAGUGGAUUGCCUCUGCAGUUCAGGGGUGCAAUGUCUGACGCCGUAUACGAAGCUGCUUUGACCGCUGAUCCUUUACUCUUUCGAUUCAAGAAGCAUAAGAAGAAGAAAGCCAAAUUAAGAGUAUAUAGUUCCCAGUGGUCUCGUUCAUUCUCCCUGGAUACCGUUGGUAAUUGUGGAGUUGUUAUUUGUGCAGAUAAAGAAAGGAAUAAAAAAUAUCACUUCUUCGUGAGUGUGGAAAUGUCUAAAAUGCUUCUGACGAAAGUCAUCGUCAUCAAACCAUUCUUUUUAGUUGUAAAUAAUACGGAGAAUCAUCUCCGUUUUAUGGAAAAGAAUGAAGCUACUGAUUUGUGGUUCGACAUUGCACCGGAAAAGUGUCUUCCUUUCUGGCCGGACACUGAUUCGUUGAAACUGCUUGUGAAGUUACGAGACAGCAAAACAGUUUCCCAACAUUUUCCUAUAGAUUUCCCUCACGUAACAGUGCUUAGAAUGGAAUGUGGGAGUGCUCUAAAAGUUGAUGUUAAAUGUGGUGAAGAUUUUCCUACCACUAUUGCCUUCCAGCCCUAUGUCCCUGGGGAUGCACCUGUACGUGUAGAUAACUAUUGCGAAGACCUAUUCCUCAAAAUUCACCAAAAAUCUCAGAGUCAAGUAACCCUCCUGAACCCUUACCAAUCAGUGCAUUAUACUUGGGACGAUCCUAGUAAAGAGAGAACCCUCAUAUGGAAUUUAUACAAUAGAAAAAAGUCUGGUUUCCCUGCUAAAAUAACAAGAGACGGUUACGGAUUCGAGAAGGUCUCUUUUCACUCUCUGAGAAAAACUCUUGUACAGCAACCUUCCUUCAAAUCAUCCGUCGAUCAAAGUAGCAGUUCAGAUGAUGAUAGCGAGUCAGAAGACGGACUGUUACCAAAGAAGACUCGGAAGGAUAAGGUUGUCGUGCAUUGGGUUUCCUAUGUAGAAAAAGAACAGCGUGUACUGCUGUUUACUCAAGACGAUAGAGUUGCUAGACUUGCCAGAAAGGUAGUGGAUGGAGAACGGGCCUAUUUAGAGUGCUUUCUGUCUCUGAAUGGAAUAGGUUUAUCUUUAGUGAACGAUGCCCAUCGUGAAUUAGCAUAUGCUAGCUUGACAUCGUGUCCAGCAAUCUGGGAAAUUGAAAUAAAUCAUUCCUGGAAACUUCUCACUUUGGAACUCUCAGCCUGGCUCGAAGAUAAAUGGAAUGCUGAUCAGCAAAAGGCACAGUUGAAAGAUUACCUUCAAGUUGAUUUAAGCAAGAUGCAGAUGAUCAAACCAUUUUUUGGUCAACUCAGGAGAUUUUACAGUCCAGCUUUCUGGUUGCAGCUCAGGAAGUCUUCUUAUCAAACUUACGCUCAUUUUAAAAUUCACAGGUUCCAGAUUGACAAUCAGCUUCCGGAUGCCGUCUUCCCAACCGUCCUUCAUCCGGGCACAACGCCUCAAUACAUAGUACGGAGAAGUGGUCCAAAACCAUUCUUUGAGAGUGCUUUUCUUUUACACUCUUAUGGAGCUACAAAAACUUUAAAAUUCUGGAAAGUUUUACUUCAAGAAGUGCACUUGCAUUUAGACAAAGGCUUUCUACUCUCUGUACAUGACAUGGUGUCUCGUUUUGUGGAUAUUCCAGAUGAAGUCUCAAGAUUAAGAGAAGAUUUAAAAACAGCUCAAGCACCUCUUUUUGAUUUAGAGCAACAACCCAGAAGACGAGGUAAGAAGGGUAUCUCUAUCGAGUAUGUUCAUCUUUCACCUGUCGUGAUUCAUUUUAGCUUCAGUCCAAGGGGAACAGUUUUUAAACCCUUACUGAAAUCACCUAGUCUACAAGGUGAUGUGAUGGAUUUGUUACUAAAUUCUAUAGGCGCCACUUUAUCUGAAGUUAAAGACGUUGAAAUAAAAUUAGCAUUUUUCGAACGUCGAGGCUUUCAUGCUAGUUAUCAAGAAUUGCUGAACGAAAUUCGUAGCCAUUACAAAUCUCAAGCGGUGCAACAGGCAUACGUUCUUAUUUUAGGACUAGAUAUCCUGGGUAACCCUUUUGGUCUUCUAAAAGACUUUACAAGAGGACUCGGAGAUUUCUUUUAUGAGCCUUACUUGGGAUCAAUUAAGGGACCAGAUGAAUUUGCUGAGAGCUUAGCUAGAGGAGCACAAAGUCUGUUAGGACAUGUAAUUGGAGGAUCUGCUGGUGCUAUAUCUUUGAUAACAGGAUCUUUAGGCCAAACAUUUUCUGUCCUUACUUUUGAUGAAGAUUAUAGAAAGAAGAGGCAAUAUCGCCAGCAGCAUAAAUCAAGUUCGCUGCCAGAUACACUCUUCAAUGCUACAAAAAGUUUUGUACUUGGUGUAGGCUUAGGACUCUCUGGAGUAGUAACUCAGCCAAUAACCGGAGGUCAACAGGAAGGAGUCGAAGGUUUUUUCCGAGGUAUAGGCAAAGGUUUAUUAGGUUUGAUAACAAAACCUGCUGGCGGAGUCAUGGAUAUGGUCAGCAUGGCUUUUGAUGGCAUCAGGAGAGCUGCAGAAAUGGGAGAAAGUGUUGUACUACGCAUGCGUCUUCCGAGAUAUAUUAACCCAUCAGAAGGUCUAAGACCAUAUUCUCCUUACUUGGCAUCUGGCUGCCAUUUACUGGAAGAGGUCAGCAAAGGUCAUUAUGCAGAGACUGAUAUUUAUUGGGCACAUGCAGCUUUGUCACCUCAAGACAGAAUUAGGGUUGCUUUAGUUACUGAUAGGCAUUUGUUCCUGCUUGAAAAAAGUCGUUUUUGGAGCAGUUGGGACGUUGAAUGGAUGGUUAGUGUUGAUGAUGUGCUCACUGUACCUCACAUUCAUAAGAAUAAUCUAGUUAUUAAAGUCAAACAGGAAGACUGGAUAUUGAAUUUUGCUGGAGACGAAAGAUAUAUUCAAAGUGAUGAUCCGAUAAUUUUAGAGUGGUUGAAGGACAAGAUAGAAAAAGUACUUCUUUACAACAUGCGUGGCAAACCUUGCCCAAUUUGAUCAUCUCGAAUUUAACGAUCUGUACUUUUAAAAUGUAAACAAUACCAGAACAUACACUUCCAAUUUUGUUCAAAAGCUUCACUGCUUAAUUUGCGACAAACCACUUCUGUUGAUUUAUCGAAUAGUCGAUUUGUAAAUUUGAAAAGAUUUGUAAAUUUGAGACUAACAAUUAUUUAAAUUGUGUUCGUUGAAACUUUUACUACUUAAUUUGUCACGAAUUGAUUUAUGGAAUACUCGUUAUGUAUGUUUGAAAUGAUAGACGAACAAUUAUUUAAAUUGUGUUCGUUGAAACUUUUUCUACUUAAUUUGUCACGAAUUGAUUUAUAGAAUACUCGUUAUGUAUGUUUGAAAAGAUAGACGAACAAUUAUUUAAAUUGUGUUCGUUGAAAAUUUUACUACUGAAUUUGUCACGAAUUGAUUAUGGAAUACACGUUAUGUGUGUUUGAAAAUGCAGACGAACAAGUAUUUAAAUUAUGUUCAUUUAAACCUUUACUAUUUAAUUUGCAACGAAUUAUUUACGUUGAUUUAUCGAAUAGUCGUUUUGUUUCUUUGACUAAGAAGAACAAGUAUUUAAAUUGUAUCCAAUUUCAAAUAAUUUACUGCAUGUAAAUGUUCUUCAAUGCGGAUAAAUGAAGAAACGGAAAUUAAUAGCUGUGCAUCUUUUAACAUUCAUUAACUGUAACCACAGCUUAUAGCAUCAUUUUUUUUGAUAUAAUACUUAUUUUUCUUAACCAUAUAACAGUUAUUUUCUUAAUUAGAAUAUAUAAAAAAUUUCUGAACUCUUAAUAUUUUUUACUUUGAACUUAGUCAGAUCAGCUUAGAAAUUUUUCUAUUGAUUACAAAUUUGUUCAUCUAAUGUAAUUUAGUCAUUUAGAGAAUCGCUGAAAAUGUAUGGAUGAUUUUGUAAUCGAAAAAUAAUCAAGAUUACGUAAGGAAGAAAGUUAUACUUGAUUUUACAAAAUAGUUAGAUUGGUUAAAAUUACUCUGGAACUUACUGAUUAAAAAAAAAGUACGUUAAAAAUUAUUGCAGUAGUGACAUUUUAGACGAUUUAAGGCUCUGAAAUUCUUUGUUCCUAAAACUCUAAAAAUUCUCAGGGAUGUUGCAAAAGAUAAAUUAACUUUUCAAUACUAUUUAAUUUUAAUUAAUUUCAAACAUUUUAGUCAUUAUUCCGAUAGCAAAAGCACUCCAACACUCGCUGCAGAUUAUUUUUCAUCUAAAUUUCCUUUUUAUUUAUUUUUUUGAAAAAAGGGUAAAAAAUUAUGACUCUUUUUUUAAAACAUCUCAAAACAACUUGUUUUUAAAAAAUUUAGAAAGCUAAAUUGAGAAAACAUACAGUAGAGAACAAAAGUUAAAAAAAUUAUGUUAUUAUUACAGGAUUAACAAUAUAUGAAUUUACUCCAAUUUUUUCAGUAUUAAAGUGUAAAAUUUAACUUCAAUUCAAACAGCAUAAAGUUUUUAUUUAUGCUUCUUCAGGACUUUAUAUUUGCACAUUUCGCGGCAUGUAUUUUAGAUUAAGCUGAAUUUAUACAAUAAACUCUAUCGACUGUGUUGAAGGUCGCUGACGAAUCUAUAUUUAAAAAGAUAGUUCUGCAGUUUUGUGUUCUUAUUUGCUCAUCUAUAAGCACGUUUUCUGAAAUAUUUUACGUUUCUUACUGACAUCAUAUUAUAAAAUAGUUUAAGAGGAAACGUGUAAAUUAUUAAAAAGAGAAUUUUAUCUGUUUAAAAUAUAAUGGAAAUAUAAAAAUAAAUAAAUGUAAUUAUAUUUAUUUAUGUGUGUAAUUCAGUUAAAAUAUUAAUUGACUCUCUGCAUUCUUUUUCUCCGUUUAUGAUUAACAUUUCUUUUUAUAUUAUUAUGGAUAUAUUUAAUCAUAUAGUCACGUUUUUUCCCUCUGGGCAAAAAGGUAUUGGUGCUGGUUACUAGUUUAUAGCUAGAAUAGGUUGUUAAAGUUCGAUCCAGAAAACUUUAUAUUGAAACAUUUUUAUUAUUGGCUUGAUUGACCAAAUAUAAUAAAAAUACGAUAUUUAUAUUAAUAAUACGUUGUUUUUGAAUUGAAAAAAAAGCUAUAAAUAUUUAGAUUUAUGUAUAGUUUAUUAUAGUUAUUUAUAGGCAAACGAUAUUCAUUCAUGAUGGUAAAAAAUAUGUUAUUUUACUUCAACACAAUUGUGCCAAAAAUGAUUUUCAUAGUCAUUUAAAUAUACUUUUUUAUUAACUAUAUUUUAUUAUCUUACUUUACACACAAUAAAUUGAGAUUUAUGAACGUUAGUUAAUAGUUAAUUUCCUAAAUAGACGCUUGAGUAAACUCUUAAUGGCAAUUAAUAAAUUAAAAAUCGAUCAACUUUUAGAACGAUCUUUUAAAACUAAACUUUUUAUUUUAAAGAGCUAUAUUUCAAGAUAGAAAUAAGCUUCCACGGACAAUGUUUCUUAUUUAAUCAAAAUAUUUAUUAUUGAAAAUAGUUUAAUGUACUUCGUUUCUUUGUCGAUUGUUUUUUAAAUAUUUUUUUCAGUGUAAAAUAUAUGGCAAAGCAAUAGAUUCAAAAUAAGUAAUUAUUUCUAUUGAACACAUAUCCCCUCAAGAAAAAUAAAUAAAAGGCAAGUAAAAGAAAACAAUCACCUCUCCCCCCUAAAAAAGGGUGAUGCCUCAAUUAGACUGUAAGUGGAAAUUUUUCUUUUGAGACUUGGCAGGUACAAUAUUGGAGAGAUUUAUGUAUAAUGUAUAUCAAAUACAAGUUCAUUUAGAAAUUAUUAAAUUAUGAGAAUUUCCAACUAUAACGCUAGAAAUGCUUACAUUAAUCUUGAGGAUAAUUAUUCACUAAGACAAAACCAUAGUUUUGAAACCUGAGAAAUAGAUCGUUUCGAUCUAGAGGAAUAUGUGCUUUAUAGAUAUUACAAAUUAAGAGAAAUAUUUAUUUAUUUUAAAUACAGAAAAGUGCUUCUCCCGAUUUGUAUUUGGUAGUGCGACCUUGUAAUUAUCAUUUUAAUUUCAUUAACUUAUUGUGGAUCAACAAUUGGAGACCAAGGGAAGAACGCAUUUUGAGAAUUGAAAAAUCAGCAUCCUAAAAUAUCGAUUAUCUCCGAGAGUUAUUAUGCAGUGAAGAUGGGUCACACUGUGGGAAAACGCUUUCUUUCCACGCGCAAAACCGUUUGUUCUUCGAAUCACACACACAACCGUUCUUCCCGUGCGGUCUUCAAUUGUCAUUUUCUUCCGGUGAAUGAUAUUUCUGAACAAUACAAUUCACAGAAGCUCCAACUUCGCAAACAUUCCAUAAUGAAAAAAAAAACUAUUUUUGCACUUAAAACUGUUGAAUUCGAAAACUUGUCACAUAUUUCCUAUUCACUCACUUUCGAAAAAAUUAAUUCACUGUGACUUAAAUGUGGUAAGUCUUCAUAUGUUUCUGUUGUAGAUAUUUGUGUAUGAUGUUAGAUAAUCUUAAUUCAUCAACAGUAGAACUGUUAACCCAAACAAUCCAGAGAAAUGUCCCUUGAUACUAUUCAUAGUACCAUACAGUGAAGAGAUAUGCUUUGUGUAAAUCAAGUGAACGUGCUGCAAUGGCUAUAGAUAAAUUGUAAAAUGUUUAUAUGGUUAAUGUACCUGUAAUACAGUGAGAGAGGUAAUAAUGACAACAGAAUUGUACUGCCGACGAACAAGUUAACUGUACAAUCAAACUCGAAUCCUAGUGUAUGUGAGUAAUUUAUUUUUGUUGUUUUUUCCAUGAAUGUUUGUAAUUAAGAUGUAUGAGAUAUUUGAUGUGAUAUUUGCAAAAUCAUCAAUACAUAUAUGAUGUGUCAAUGUUAGAAUUGUUGAAAUAAAAAUUGAUACAUUGG